ACCAGUGCUGCUGAUAAAGAACAUAAACAAUGUCGCCGCACACCGUGGACAAUAAAGAAAAGAUUAACGUACGCGAUCGUUUAACCGAUAAUGUUCUUGAUCUCAGCUUGAUGAAUGUUUCCGACAUUCCGGUCGAUGAAAUCAAAAAUCUUCGACGUGCCACUGUGUUGGACUUGUCGAACAACCGAAUUACAGAAAUAAAAAGUAACUUUGCAGAUCUUAUCCAGCUGACAGUGUUGGACCUAUCGAAGAAUCGAAUAACUUCGAUAUGCGACGAUUUUGGGCUUCUUACCAACCUACGUCGGUUGGAUUUAUACAGCAAUCAAAUCACAAGACUGCCCCUGACGUUCGGCCGAUUGAAAAAUCUCAAAUAUCUGGAUUUGCAAAACAACCCACUGCAUGUAGAGUUCAAGAAUAUGGUCGGAUUAUGCAGUGACAAUAACGAUUGUCUCAACGCGGCUAAGCGAGCGGUGCAUUUUAUGAAGCAAGUUGAAAAAAAAGUGGUGGAAGCCAGGAUCAACCAGCGGCAGGAGCAACAAAAGGCGGCACAGUUGGCUAUCGAGCAGGUAAAGGAGGAAAAAGCUUCGGCUGAGGGAAACUCCACCGACGAUAUAAAGUCGGAUAAAGGGAAGCGCAAGCGAAAACAAGACAGCAGUGAAAAUCCUUCAAACUCGGACCAGAAAGAGUCCGAAACGAUUGAAGCUGGAGGAGAGAAGAAGAAAUCUCGCACAGGUUUGCCAUUUUCAUCACUACUGUGGGUUCUGUUUAUUCUAAUGGCAUUAGGAAUUCUCUUAUUUUCGAAACAUUCUGAUACUCUUGAAACCUUAUGGACGGACAUGGUUGGAGGGUCAGACGAUAUAGUCCUGGAUGAAUAUAUUAAGUAGAGAAAUUACCCAACCGUGUUGAAUCCAUUCCAUUCACAUCUUACGUGCAAUUCCCCGGACUGGUCUGUUAUGGUUCUUUGCGUGUUGAUGCAAAUAAAUACAAUUA